UUGUCCUACGAAGGCCGUCUCGUUUAAACGACGCUUGUUUAAAGGAGGACAUUCGGUAUACUGCAGCCUUCAAAGGACGCGUCCUACCUAGCACGCAGCUUUCGAAACGAGACACACAGCCAGCUUCAUUCACGCACAGGCAUCAUGGCGGACGUGUUGGAUCUUCAUGAAGCGGGAGGUGAAGACUUUCCUAUGGACGAGGAUGCGAGCAUUCACAAGCUAAAAGAGAAAGCCAAGAAGAGAAAGGGUCGUGGGUUUGGAUCAGAGGAGGGAGCGAGAUCUAGAGUCAGAGAGGACUAUGACACAGUAGAGCAAGAUGGAGAUGAGCCUGGACCCCAGAGAUCUGUUGAAGGAUGGAUUCUUUUUGUGACUGGUGUACAUGAGGAGGCGACUGAAGAGGACGUCCACGACAAGUUUGCAGAGUUUGGAGAAAUCAAAAACUUGCAUUUGAAUUUGGACAGAAGAACAGGUUACCUAAAGGGCUAUGCACUGGUGGAGUAUGAGACUUACAAAGAAGCUCAGGCAGCGAUGGAAGGGCUAAAUUGUCAAGACCUUAUGGGGCAACCAAUCAGUGUCGACUGGGGCUUUGUAAGAGGACCCCCUAAGAGCAAGAGGAGGGGUGGAAGAAGGCGCAGCAGGAGCCCUGACAGACGGCGACGUUGAUUCUUCCUUAUUUGCCUCUGAUGUCUGUUUUCCAGCCGGUCACAUAUUUUCAAGAGUGUGUGGGUGUGUGGGUGUGUGGGUGUGUGGGUGUGUGGGUGUGUGUGUGGAUUUCUCUAAGGAUUUUAGUGUUGCCUUGGUUGGAGGGAAGGUUUUUUUUUUUUUUUUUUUGUAGUUGACUUAAUUUUAUUGAAGAAUGACAUACUGCUGAAGCAUUCAGAUGUCUGGAUUGGUUCCAUGCUUUUAUGUGUAGUUUUUCUUUUUGUACAAAGUGGUAAUACAUGUAAUUCGCUCAUUGAAAUCUGUUUUGU